AUGAGAGAAGAGAAGAAACUAAUUUUAAAGGCAAGAGAAAGACAGGAAAAGAAAGCAGACGUUCCGGAAAGGAAGCGGCUAGAAGAGGUAAAGAGCUGGUGGUGUUUGGCAGUUGCAGAAACAAAAGGGUUGUUGGGUGGAGAUGGGUUGGUUGUGGCUUUAACUGCAAUUACUGAACCUAUGAAGCGUUUGGAAAAAGAUGUUUUGAAUGGAGCAGAGAAUUGGGUUUCAAGAUUGAGCAGUGUGCGUAGUGGUAGACUGGUAGGUAUUGCUGGCUCACAUCGGUUUGGUGUGUAUGAGACUGAUUCUGGAUUCGGAAGACCAAACAAAGUCGAGCUUGUUUCCAUUGAUAGAACAGGAGCCAUAUAUAUUUCAGAUACCAAAAAUGGUGGUGGAGGCCUUGACGUUGGGUUGGUGUUGAAGAAACAUUACAUGGAUGCUUUUGCUUCUUUAUUUGCCAAAGGUCUCAAGGGACAUUAA